AUGCCACAUUACCCUGCUGGAGUGCCUGAUCCUUGCUGUAACUGUGAGUGCCAGCCACACCAGACUUCCAAAAUUUACCGUCACAUUUUACAGAACUUACAAAACAAAGACAGAUUUUCUAGUGUUGUCAGAUCAGCAUCACCUUCUGUAAACAUUGAAAGCAGAAGUGGUAGGGGGUCAGGGUCUGCAAGUUUUGGCUACCUUGGUUAUUCUUCUGAUAUUGGUCGUUUUGGUUUAAAGACAGCAGAUCAAUCAGAUGUUGUAGUAGGGGUUCCUCGUUAUAAUAAUUACUUUGGACGGAUUGUUGUAUUUGAAUACAAUUUUGAUUCUGCAGCUUAUGUUUCUGUACUAACAAAAGAUGGUGAACAGUUUGGUGCAUACUUUGGCCAUUCUGUUGCUGCUGUCGACUUGAAUAACGAUGGGCUUGAUGAUCUUCUAGUUGGAGCACCGUUGUACUCAAAUUCUCAAUUUGAGCUGGGGCGUGUUUAUGCAUAUGAAAACAGCAAGAAGAAUCUGUUAUUAAAUCGAGUACUGACUGGCAAUAUUGCUGGUGGUCGGUUUGGCCAUGCCAUUAGUAAAGCUGGAGACAUAAAUGGAGAUCGUUUUGAUGAUGUUGUCAUCAGUGCACCUUAUGGCAGUAAUGGAGGUGUGAUUUAUGUUUAUCUUGGAUCAGUUGGUGGAAUCAUAGAGCCAGCUUCUCAGAUUAUUGAAGCAAGUGAUGUUAACUAUCAGCCAAAACUGGUAGGAUUUGGAGUGUCUCUAUCUGGAAGCAUGGAUAUGGAUGAUAACAACUACCCAGAUGUUCUGGUGGGAGCGGUGUCAUCAGAGAGGGUGGUUUUACUAAGAUCAAAACCUAUAGCUGAGGCUCUGAGCACACUAGAGUUCAAACCUCAGUUUGUGAAUUAUCCCAACAGUACAGAAUUGGUUGCUGAAGCAUGUAUUCGAUAUGAUGGUAUUAGUCUUCCCACCCAGCUUGAUUUCAGUUACUCAUUGUCUGUAGAGCAACAACGAGUACAAGCUGGUCUGAGUUCUCGUGCUCAAUUUAUGUUUGUGAGUAAUCCAGAAAGUUCUAUCCAGUUUGGCAAUAUCACUGCCUAUUUGGAGACAUACAGUUGUGUGAACUUCACACUGCAACUCAUAGACAAUAUCAGGGACUUGAUAAGUCCACUGUUUGCUAAAUUUGAUUUUCAACUUGUGUCUGAUGAGACAAAACCACCAUCUACGGGUAAUCCAGAUAUUUCACGACCUUUAGUUCCUGUGUUAAAAGGACAGAUGCAGCAAUCUAAGAGUGCACAAGCCUACUUGCUCCAAGAUUGUGGAGAUGAUGUAAUUUGUAUUCCAGAUCUACAAGUGACAGCUCUGGCAGUUAAGUUGCCUAGGGAUGAGACUGAAAUUAUUCUUGGUGAAGUUUCAGAAGUUUUUGUUAGUGUUUCUGUGAGAAAUGGUGGAGAGAAUGCUUAUCUUGCUCAGCUGAUUGCAGUGUUUCAGGAAUCUGUUAUAUUCAAUCAAGUUGUUGAUAACACUUUUAUUACAUGCGUUGCUCAAAGGAACGUUGGUGCAACUGUGGUAACCUGUGACCUGGGAAAUCCAUUACGAUCUGGAUCAACUGUUAAGUUUGGUAUGACAUUAAACGUCCAACAACUGUCAACUCCAGGAGAAAUGUUCACUGUAUCUGUCCAAGCAAAAAGUGAAAACUCAGAAAACAAUGAUACUUUGGCUGACAACUUACGAAUGACAUCAAGUUAUCAGAUUGUUGCAAAGUCAUUGUUUGGAGUUGAAGGUAUUGCUGUACCAGAUCGAGUUGCUCUUGACCUUGCAAAUCCAUCCGUGGAACGCAAUAUGUUUCCAACUACAGAGUUGGAGAUUGGUUCAACUUACAUCAAUCACACAUACUUUGUUGUUAAUAGAGGCCCAUCCAGAGUACCAGAGUCUGAAUUGACUGUAUAUUGGCCUGGAAAAGCAAAGAAUAAUCGAUAUUUAUUGUACAUAGUUGACAUAAGGCUUGUUGGAUCUGGUGUCUGUCAAACUGAAGGCCUUAUCAACCCAGCCAAUCUAACGACUGUGGCACAGCUCAAUGCUCAUCUGAAUGUAACAUCAGUAGGCAUUGGAGGAGAAGUGAUCAGACAAGGAAGAAGUGUUGAAAAGGCCUAUGGCUCAGAGCGAUCUCGUCGUGCUGAGACAUUUUGUACUGGGAGCUCCUAUGCAGUCUGUUUCCCCGUUGUCUGCCAACUCUACAAUAUAGAUCGUGGAGAUUCAGUUCAAUUGCACAUUGUUUCACGACUUUAUGAAAGAACUUUGAUACAGGAUGAGAUGGUGGAACUGAAUAUUAGUUCUGAAGCAACAAUUGCAACAGAUGUGGCUAAUCUAGAAUUGUUGACAUCAGCUGACAUACUUACAUCAUAUAAUCUAACAACACGACUCAAUGAACAUGAGCCUGUUGUAAAUGACGAGUCACUUGAAGGAUGGGUCAUUGCUGUUGUGGUCAUAUUUACUGUUUUGAUUUUGAGUGGUGUUGUGUGCUUGUUAGCUUUUCUGGGCUUCUUUAAGCGAAAAAAGAGGGACCAGUUGGAGAAAGAAAGAGAAGAGCUGGAUGGAACUGAUGUAUUCACUAAUGCAAGUACUUUGUCUGUCCAAGAAAAUGGUUCUGAAGCAUAGCUUCAUGUAUGUGCAGGCUAGUUGGUAAACAUUGGGAUUGAUCCAUGUCAAUGUAGCACUUAAUGGACUUGCAUAUUUGUCAUUCACUACGUAUUGUUCCCUCCCAAGCAACUUUCUUUGUAGCCAGACUUAUUAUUUUUGUUAGUGAUUAUUUCACUGUAACUGGUGCUCUACUGCUUCUGUCUGAAAUUAUUCUCUAGACGGCCAAUUAUUUGUAUUUCUAUGAAUGAAUCAACAAGAUGUUAUGGUAAUGU